AUGAUUAUAGUUUUGAUAUUAUUCUCGAUUUUAUACAAUAUUGUAAUUGGAUUAGAUAGCAGUUUUCAGUUGAAAGUUCUUCCACUUUUAUCAAAAAGAAAUGAAUUAAAUCAAAACAUUUAUUAUACCGAUGCAACUAUUUUGCCAAGUUUCAGUAGGUUUUUUUGAAAAUUUGUGGAAAAUUAUUUGAAAAAGAUUCCUGAAACACGUUCCAAGAAAAUUUUCUCAAAUUUCGUAUUAAAAUGCAAAAAUUUCGAAAAAAAGGUAGGAAAAAUAGGGGAAAUUUUCUUGGAAAAACCAAAUUUGGGACAUUAUUCGGAUUUUCUGAAUUUUUCACGGGUAUUUCAAUUUUAAUAAUAAUUUUUAGGAUCUUCACAAUUUGAGAUUUCGGUUUCAAAUACAUCAUCUUAUGGUUUUUCAUAUCCUGAAAUUGAUUGUGAAGUUCUUGAUAUUUUAUGUCCUCAACUAAUUCAAAUAUUUCAUGUAAAUGAUCGCGGAACACCUCGAUUAAUGGCUUUGGCAGAUUUAGAAAAAGAUGAAAGUCUUGAAAUUAUUGAUGAAGCUGGAUAUAUUGGAAGUUGGCCAGGAUACUGUGGAACAUCUGAUGGAAUGCUUGUUGAAAUGUAUUCAUCAAUCACAAAAGGUUUAUAAAUAGUUUGAUUUUUUUCAAACAUUUUUGGGUUUUUCCAGAUUUCAUUUAUAUUACAACAAAUGAUCAACUCAAUGAAAUUCGAAAUAAUGAAAAUAAUCUAUUUUAUCAUCCAACAAAAGUAAUGGGAUAUCUUUUCAGCACUGAUAAUUCGAAAAGAAUUGUGUAUGUUUUACACUGUAUUUGUUUUGGGCUAAAAAUUGAAAAUUUUCAGAAAAUAUCCAUUCAACGCAAUUCGACCAUAUGAAAGUGGUGUUUUUGUAAGUUACAGUUUUUUUGGAAUUUUACAGGCUUAACAUUUUUACUCUGAGCAAUUUAUUAACUUUUUUAGUGAAAAUAUAUCAUAUUUAUUUGAUUUCAGAGAAAAUUGAGUGUAACACUUCGUCCAAUUCUUCGAAUAACAAAUGGCAAAAUUUCAGCGCAUACUGUAAAUGUUCAAGGAAAUCAAUAUUUAGAUGGUUUGUUUUGUGUUUUUCCUAAUUUGAAUAUGAAAAAAAGAAGUUUUCUCACAGGCUACACAAUUGAUAAAAUUUUGAAUAUUUCAUUGAUUGAUCGACAAGCUGAUUCAAAAGUUAUACAAAAUUCAUGCGGUAAAAUGAUACUUCUUUUUGAGACACACGAUGAAGAAAAUAGUUUGUUUGGAAAAAUGGAACUUCUAGAUACAGUAGUCUUUGUUUUUUCAGAUGCUUACCGUAUUCAAAAUAUUCGAAAUGGUGGAUUGGGUAGAAACGAGGAGGUUUGUCUGAAUUUCCUUGAAAAAAAUCUAGAUUUUAAUUUUAGACAGUCAAAGGAGCAGGUUAUGUUUUCACAGAAGAAUCAUCAGCGAAAAGAUGUUUGGGAGAUGUUAUUCCACUUUAUGAAUUUCAGAAUCCUGUAUGUUUCAGACCUUGUUGAAUAUUUUUAGAAAAACAAUUUCAGAAUAAUCAAGCUGAUUAUCAUUAUGUUGGUGGAUACGAAAAAGCAGAUAAUUAUAAAGCGAAAAAUUGGAAAAAUGGUAUUCUUCUCGGUUAUUCGACUUGGGGAAAUUUUGUGUUUGCAAAACAAUAA